AUGCCCCAUCGGCCAACCAAAGAGGAACUGCUCGAGGCCGCCAACGGCUUUUGGCAGCGACUCAAGGUUCGUCUAAAAUGGGUGUCGAUUAGAAGUAUGAGACCGUGGAAUAUUGACGAAUGGGGUGCUUUUGUUUCAUGGUUUCUUUUCGGCCACCUCGCUUGGAUUAUCGUCGGAACAACCACAUUCUUCUCCCUGAUCAUUUUGUCAAUCAACACUGUUGUUGCUCAAGAAACACUCGCGCAAUGGGUAGGUGACUAUUUGACGCAGUCUGCUGGCGUUACCGUUGUUUUUGAGUCUGCUAUUGUUCCCAAGUGGCGUGAUAAUGUUAUCUCUUUCCGCAACGUUUUUGUGUCCCGACGACCUGGCCAAGGCAACGUCUCAUCCGUAAGCAAAGGCUCAUCAGAUGCUGCCGCCGAGGCUGCUGCUGGCCGCAAAGCAGAUGUCGUGGGAACGUCUGAAACUGAGGACGAUGGAAACUACACUCAAUUUGACGUCACCCUUUCAACAGUCAAUGUCACGUUGUCAUUCCUGAACUGGUGGAAUGGCAAGGGAUUGCUGAAAGAUGUUGAAAUCAAGGGUGUUCGCGGUGUCAUUGACCGAACUUCAGUGACAUGGCCAGCCGAGGAGGUCGAUCCUCUGUCAUAUCGUCACAAGCACCAGCCAGGAGAUUUUGAGAUCGAAAAGUUCAAGAUGGAGGACCUAUUACUCACUGUUCAUCAACCGGGCGGGUUCCGGCCAUUCUCUAUCAGCAUCUUCUCUUGCGAGCUGCCCCAGCUUCGCAAGCAGUGGCUAUUUUAUGAUUUCCUUUCAGCCAACCACAUGUCAGGGUCUUACGACGGUUCUCUGUUUACGAUCCAUCCCCGACAAAGCCACGGCGUCGUACCCAGUGGUAACGGCGACCCAGAAGCUUCGGUCGGUUUUGGUGAUCCCAAGGCGUGGAAAAAGUUCAGUCGGCUCCGAAUUGAUGGUUUGAAGAUAGAUCAUCUCAACCGCGGUGUUGAGGGGCCUUUUGGCUGGAUAUACGAAGGGAAUGUUGAUAUUGUUGCUGAUGUCAUGUUUCCCGCUGACACCGACGAGAGCAUCACCAAGGUCAUGGCCGACUUCUACGAUCAGCUUGAAGAAAUCGUCGACACAAAUAGGCAUCGCUUCAUGCGCAACAUCCAAGAGCAAGGCCCUGCUCUUCUUACAUCAGGGCACCUUUCAGACUCAGCUGGAGAUAUCCACGGCGAAGAGCCAGCCGCCGAGCCACAGACAAGUGAGGAUGAGCGUCGCUACCUCAUCAUGGAUCUCCGGAUCUCCAUGAACGAUGUCAAAGCUGCAGUCCCUCUCUUCACCAAGGAUAUGUCAUACGUCAAUCAGGCACUGGUUCGUCCUAUCGUUGCUUAUAUCAACGCGAAGAAGACAUAUAUACCAAUCAAUUGCCGUAUCGUGAAACGAGCCAGCGACUUCGAUGGUAGCUGGUCGAUCUUUGACUGUGGUCUAAUGAACGAUAUGUCAGCGGAGACAUAUGAUGCAUUUGCGAAUGACGUCGAAAACCAACAGAGCCGUGUUCGGCGGUUCAAAAAGGUUGGCUUCUGGACCUUGUCGCUUGCGGUCCAUGCCCUCUUUAUGGGAAUGGCGGGCAAUGUGGUGUGA